GCACAGCGGUAGCUGAUUAAAGCGCUUCCUCUCACCUGACGCUGUUUGUUUCGAUGAGCUGCGCGGGCCGACAUGAACCUGCGUCCGUUCAUUUGUUUCAUUUUUCUGGGAUGUCUAACAAUUUCCAGAGGCCAAAUCGAAGGGUGCCCUAAAGGCCAGUGGCAGUGUGAUGAUGGAAGCUGUAUUACUGCUGCAUGGAGGUGUGAUGGAGAAGGAGACUGUCUGGAUGGAUCUGAUGAAAUGGACUGUGGGGCUUCUGCAGGUUCUGAUUGUCCUCCAGGUCAGUUUUCUUGUUUGGACUCUGUUGGCUGUGUUAAUGCAUCAGCUCGUUGUGAUGGACAAAUCCAGUGUCCCACCGGUUCUGAUGAGGAAAACUGUCCAGUGACAGAGGCCUGUCAGGAUUCUGACUGGAUGUGUAAAAACCACAUCUGUAUCCUCAAAGAGCUGCGCUGCAACAGACAAAAUGACUGCAUAGACAAUUCUGAUGAGGAGGACUGUGGCCUGUGUAGGAAAAAUGGUGUGCGGUGUCCUGAGGGAACAUGUCUGUCUGCUGAAGAGAGGUGCGAUGGUCAAAUUCAUUGUUCUGAUGGCAGCGAUGAGCCAAUAACUUGCGGCCAUAUCUGCUCAAUGAGCAAUGGCGGUUGUAGCCAUACUUGUAGUGAUGAACCUUGGGGGGUUCUAUGCACCUGUCCUGUUGGAUAUAAGCUAGCUCCUAAUGGCGCAGUCUGUGAAGAUGUGAAUGAAUGCGAGUCACCUUUUACUCCAUGUGUGCAUCACUGCACAAACACUAUUGGAUCCUACUAUUGCCACUGCAAAGAAGGGUUUAAACUUGAUGGAAGGUCCACAUGUCUGGCUUCAGGUAAUGGUACUCGAUUGUUGAUGGUACAGUGGGGCACUGUUGGACUGUUGACUGUAAAAUCUCAACAGUUUGACAGUAUCACGACUUCAGUGUUUGAUCCAGUUGCCUUAGCAUUUGACAUCGCCAGAGGGUGGUUCUACUGGGCUGAUAGCCAAGGCAACAUUUACAAAAGUAAUGGACGAUACAGCUGGACAGCCUUUGCUGGAGAACCUGGUAUUAGAAGUUUAGCCUGUGAUUGGCUAAAUGGAUACCUGUUCUGGACCAAUCAGAAAACUGAAUCUAUCUACAUGCAGGCAGCUGAUGGGAAAAGUUACACAACUCUGCUAAACAAAAACAUCAGGCCAUCAGAGUUGGUGCUUCUACCUGUGGAGAGCAUGAUGAUCUGGAUCAAUGAAGGUUCGGGUGACAGAAUGACAAUUGAAAAGUCGUGGAUGGACGGCUCAGAUAGAAGCACUUUGACUGUCAUCACCGCCCAGUCUGCCCACAGCCUCAGUGCUGAUGUAGCUGCCAGGAGGCUGUACUGGAUUAGUGACAUCAAGAAGUCUGUAGAGACUGUAAAGGUGGAUGGGACUGGCCGUUACUCUUUCACUGGACUAUUCAAUAAAAGACCAGCUCUGAGCCUCGCUGUGUUUGCAAGUAUGUUCUACUGGAUUGAUAAUAAAGGACUGUGGCAGGCUCCACAAAACAUACCAACUCAAAGGAAAUUUCUCUGGAAAGCUGAGCUGCCACUGUUGGCUGUCUUCCAUGAGCUGCAACAGCCUCAAGGUUCUUCUGCUUGUUUCAAUAGCCUUUGCAGCUUCUGCCAGUUGACUAAAAGUGACCCUGCAGGAUUCAUUUGUGCUUGCCCGCACUUCAAAGUGCUGAUGCCUGAUGAGACUUGUCAAUAUCCACGGUUUAUAUAUGCUACCAUUGCAACAAUAAAUUUGCUGGAGUUUCGAGGGAGAGAGUCAACGGAAAUCCAGCUGUUUGCUACAGACGAUGGAAUCCUGUCCUUUGAUGUAGACUGGGGCAGAGACUGGCUGUACUGGACCAACCAAACUGGCCACAUCCAACGCACUAGUCUUACCCAAGUCGAGACUGAAGUCAUCCAAACACCUUUGCCAGUUUGUCUGAUAAAUGUGGACCAGAGGACUGGAAACCUUUACUGGGUCACAUGUGAUGAAAACAACAUUGGCACUAUCACAGUGGGCAGUAACUACCCACAGCGGCUAUACCACACAACAAAGGAGAUCCGCAGCUUGUUUCUGGACUGGCUCAGGGGUGGGGUGCUCUGGCUGGAAGAGGAACAAAUUUUCAGCAUGGACAUGUUGGGAGGCAAAGCUACAGAGAUGCUGCAAAUAGCAGGAGGGGUCAGGGGCAACAUGGCCUUUGACAUCAGGGCCAGUAGCCUGCUCUGGAACUCUGAACGAGGAGGCCUCACAACAUUGAGUUUGCUGCAGGAGAAAAGUCACCAGGCAGGAAAAAGGUGGAACAUUUCAGGCUCCAUCAUAGCUGCUUUUGAGCCUUACUUGUUGUCCAUUUCUGAUGAUGUAAUGACUCUGUGGGAUCGACGCGAUGGGAGCCCCAUUCAAGAUGUAACUGUAAGAGGUCGACUGCUAUGUGUAAUUGCUGCACUUGGGGACAUUCAAACAGUUCCUAAUUCUCCAGUGUGCAGUUUACCGUCUUUGUUGUGCCGACACUCAUCGGUCUGCCUCCCACAAGCUCAGCUCUGUGAUGGGAAGAAGGACUGCCCAGAUGGAGACGAUGAAGAAUCUUGUGUUGUCUCAUGUCAGUCUGAAGAUGAUUUCAAGUGCAAGGACCACAGCAGUUGUAUCCCCAGAAGUCUUCUCUGUGACGGCCGAUCUCAUUGUCGCGAUGGCUCUGAUGAAGUUAACUGUCCAACUGUUGCAUCUCCUGUAACUCGGGAAAACGUCUUGAAAUGUCGCAGUGGCUCAAAACCAUGUGCAGAUGGAUCAGAGUGUGUUUUGUACAGUCAUGUGUGUGAUGGAGAGGAAGACUGUGAAGAUGGAUCUGAUGAGCUGGGAUGUGAUGUUGCAGAGAUCACUCCUAAUAUUCCUGUGAAAAAUGAACCUCCUGCACCUGUUGGUGCAUUUACUCAGCCUCCCACCAAACCACUGUGCACCAGCCCUUCAGUUCAAUGUCCAGGUUCCUCUUUGUGCCUCAAACCAUCACAAAUGUGUGAUGGAAAGCUAGACUGUCCUGAUGGAUCUGAUGAGAAGUGUGUGAAAAGAUGCUCUGACACUGACUUCCGCUGCAAAGACCGACGAAGCUGCAUCCCAAAGAGCCAAGUUUGUGAUGGACGCUCUCAUUGCAAUGAUGGUUCGGAUGAGGUUGGCUGUUCAAGUGCAGCUUUUCCUGAAACUCCAACAAAUGUCCUGAAAUGUCGCUUUGGGUCCAGACUGUGUCAAGAUGGGACAGAGUGUGUCCUCCUGACUCAUGUUUGUGAUGGAGAGAGAGACUGCCCAGAUGGAUCAGAUGAAGAAGGAUGUGAUGGUGCAAAGAACGUUCCCCCCAUUUCUGCAGGAAAAGACAAAAUGAAUGAAACUCCUAAGACAGUCCAACCUUUUACUCAGCCUCCCACCAAACCACCGUGCUCCAGCCCUUCAGUCCAGUGUCCAGGUUCCUCUGUGUGCAUCAAACCAUCACAGAUGUGUGAUGGAAGGAGAGACUGUCCUGAUGGAUCUGAUGAGAAGUGUGUGAAAAGAUGUCCUUCUGACACUGACCUCCGCUGCAAAGACCGUCGCAGCUGCGUCUCAAAGAGCCAGGUUUGUGACGGCCGCUCUGAUUGCUACGAUGGUUCAGAUGAGGUUGGCUGUCCAAGUGUAGCUGCACAUGUUCCUCAAAAAGACGAAAAGAAAUGUCGCUUUGGGUCCAGAUUGUGUCGAGAUGGGACAGAGUGUGUCCUCCUGACUCAUGUUUGUGAUGGAGAGAGAGACUGCCCAGAUGGAUCAGAUGAAGAAGGAUGUGAUGGUGCAAAGAACACUCCCCCCAUUUCUGCAGAAAAAGAGAACAUGAAUGAAUCUCCUAAGACAGUCCAACCAUUUACUCAGCCUCCCACCAAACCUCCGUGCACCAGCCCUUCAGUCCAGUGUCAAGGUUCCUCUUUGUGCAUCAAACCAUCACAGAUGUGUGAUGGAAGGAGAGACUGUCCUGAUGGAUCUGAUGAGAAGUGUGUGAAAAGAUGUCCCUCUGACACUGACUUUCGCUGCAAAGACCGUCGCAGCUGUGUCUCAGCGAUCCAAGUUUGUGACGGGCGCUCUCAUUGUCACGAUGGUUCCGAUGAGGUUGGCUGUCCAAGUGCAGCUCUUCCUGAAACUCCAACAAAUGUCCUGAAAUGUCGUUUUGGCUCCAGGCUUUGUCAGGACGGGACAGAGUGUGUCCUCCUGAGUCAUAUUUGUGACGGAGAGAUAGACUGUCAAGAUGGCUCAGAUGAAGAAGGAUGUGAUGAUUAUUUACUUAAAGUAGAUGGUACAGAGGGUGACCCAAACAUCGCUCCCACCAAACCACCGUGCACCAGCCCUUCAGUCCAGUGUCCAGGUUCCUCUUUGUGCAUCAAACCAUCACAGAUGUGUGAUGGAAGGAGAGACUGCCCUGAUGGAUCUGAUGAGAAGUGUGUGAAAAGAUGUCCCUCUGACACUGACUUCCGCUGCAAAGACCGUCGCAGCUGCAUCUCAAAUGGCCAGGUUUGUGACGGCCGCUCUGAUUGCCACGACAGCUCAGAUGAGGUUGGCUGUCCAAGUGUAGCUGCACGUGCUCCUCAAAAAGACAAGAAGAAAUGUCGCUUUGGGUCCAGACUGUGUCGAGAUGGGACAGAGUGUGUCCUCCUGACUCAUGUUUGUGAUGGAGAGAGAGACUGCCCAGAUGGAUCAGAUGAAGAAGGAUGUGAUGCAGUCGAAAUGCCGUCUUCCUCUAACAAGCCAUCCUGUAGCUUUCCCUCAGUUCAGUGUCCAGAUUCAGAUGUUUGUGUAACCCCAACACAGUUUUGUGAUGGGAAAAGAGACUGCCCUGAUGGAUCUGAUGAGAACUGUUUAAAAAAGUGUUUUGACAAUACUGGCUUCCUCUGCAAGGACCGUAGGAGUUGCAUCUCUAAAAAACUGGUUUGUGACGGACACUCUCACUGCUACGAUGGCUCAGACGAGAUCAACUGCCCAAGUGUGACUACUUCUCCACCUCAGGCUAAUGUUUUAAAGUGUCGCAUGGGCUCAAAGCCGUGUAAUGAUGGCAAAGAAUGUGUUUUAUAUAACCAUGUAUGUGAUGGAGAGAAGGACUGUAUGGAUGGCUCUGAUGAGGAGGGAUGCCAAGAAACCUGCAAACAAGGUGAGUUUCAGUGCUCCCACGGAAAUAUGUGCAUCCCAGAAGCUGAGGUGUGUGAUGGGAAGUAUCAGUGUCGGGAUCAGUCGGAUGAAUUUGACUGCUGGCAAAAAACGAAGAGCUGCGAGUUUCGUUGUGCUGAUGGCAAGCGCUGCAUCCCAAAGAAAUUCCUCUGUGAUGGAGAAAGAGACUGCAUGGAUGGCACAGAUGAAUUAGGCUGCGACUCUGAUCCUGCUGCAACAGCAGAGUCUCCCAUUUUCCCCUCCACACCAGCAUGUGUCACCCCUUCAGUUCUCUGUCCAGGCUCUUCACUCUGUGUUUCUCAAAGUCAGCUGUGUAACGGGCAAAAAGACUGCCCUGAUGGAUUUGAUGAAAAUAACUGUGUGGUUAAAUGUGAAAACCCUGGUGACUUCCUGUGCAGUGACAAGAGGAAGUGUGUCCCAAGUAUACAUGUGUGUGACGGGCGAGCCCACUGCCCCGACGGCUCAGAUGAGAAGCAGUGUGAAUCUUCUGCCACUUCCACCAGCAAUGUCCCCAAUGGCAGGUCAGGCCCUUUGAGGUGCCUUAAAGGUUUCAAACCCUGUAAGGAUGGACUAGAAUGUGUUAUGUACAGCCAUGUGUGUGAUGGAGAGAAGGACUGCAAAGAUGGAUCAGAUGAAGAAGGAUGCCGAAGUCGGUGCAAAGCAGGGGAGUUCCAGUGUGCUCACGGGAAUAGAUGCAUCCCACAAGAGCUGGUGUGUGAUGGGCAGAAUGACUGUCAGGACCGCUCUGAUGAAAUGGACUGUUUAAGUCAGAGUGAGGGCUGCCAUCAGCGCUGUGACAACAACACUCGCUGCAUACCAAAGACCUUCCUGUGUGAUGGCGAGAGAGACUGCGUUGAUGGAUCGGAUGAAGAAAAAUGCGGUUUGGUGGCCUGUGGGUUUCACCAGUACCGCUGUGCUAGUGGGCAGUGUGUGUCCGAGGCUCUGAGAUGUGAUGGAUAUCCUGACUGCAGUGACCGCUCAGAUGAAGUGGACUGCAGAAGACCCCCACGCUGCCCAUCACAGCUUCGAUGUCCACACAGCCACGAAUGCUUGCAGAAAGACUGGCUCUGUGAUGGUGAAGAAGACUGCAAAGAUGGUUCAGAUGAGAAGAACUGCAUCACUCCACCAAAAAAGUGCAGAACAUACCAGUGGCAGUGUGGGAAUGGUCGUUGGUGCAUUCCUCUGUCCUGGAGGUGUGAUGGGAAGGAAGACUGUCAUGAUGGCAAGGACGAGGACAAAUGUAGCCAGAGAAAAUGCCCCUCUCACCUUUACCAGUGUGGCAGUGGAGAGUGUUUGGAUCCCAGCCUGGUCUGUAAUGGCCGCAUAAACUGUGCAGAUAGCUCAGAUGAGGGUGUUGGAUGUGCUCAACGCAAUUGCUCCAGUCCAUCAGCUCCUCAGUGCGAUCACCACUGUGUCAGCACCCCAAAUGGACCGAGAUGUUACUGUACUGUCGGAUUCAUGCCACAGCCCAUCACUAAGUCCUGCGUGGAUCUUGAUGAGUGCCAUUCAGCACCAGAUCCUGUUUGCAAACACCUUUGCCUGAACACUCCUGGAUCUUACAGCUGUCAUUGCCACCCUGGCUUCUACCUGGAGCCUGACAACAAAAGCUGCAAGACAAAAGAUGAGCCCUUACUUCUGGCAUCACUGCAGUCAGAGUUGUUACUACUGAGGGUCCACAGUGGCACCCUGGAGCUUUUUGCCUCUAUCAAUCGGCCUGUCUCCUCUUUGGAUUAUCACUGGGCUCAACAGAGAGUUUAUUGGCUGAGCACCAACUACCAGAGCAUCCGCUGGGCUGACUUGUCAAACUCAAACAAAGGGAUAUUGAUGAAAGGUUUGAAGUCUAAUUCUAUUGCAGUAGACUGGGUUGGAGGGAAUCUAUACUGGUUGGAUGGACUGGCUGGACAGAUUCUGGCAGCAAAGCUUAGUAACGUCAUGGUGAGAUCUGAGGAUUACACUGUGGUUCUGGGUGAAAACCUGCAGCAGCCAAACUCACUGCUUCUGCUGCCAGACAGAGGACUGAUGCUUUGGUCUGAGAUUGGCAGCACACCACAGAUCGAGCAGUCUGGGAUGGAUGGUUCAAAAAGGAAGGUGGUGGUGAGCCAAGACUUGGGCCGGCCGGUCAGUCUGGCCUUUGACCUCCUGGACAACAGGGUGUACUGGGCUGAUGAGAAGCUACACUGCAUAGGCUCAGCCUCUCUGGACGGAGAUGACAUCAAGAUCCUCCAGCUGGCUGAAACUCCAAGCCCCAUCUCAGUGGCAGUCUUCAAUGAUAGAGUCUUUUGGUCUGACUCUAAGAGAAAAAGCAUCCGUUCAGCUGACAAGAAGACUGGAAAAAACCAAAAGGUGCUUCUUAAGAGACCCGGGCAGCCAUUUGGACUGAAACUGAUGCAUGCCCUCUCUCAGCCAGAAGUAUCCAGCCCUUGUAAGAGUCUACGCUGUUCCCAUCUCUGCCUUCUUGCUCCAGGAGAUGGAGGAAAAUCCAGAGCAGGUUCCCCAGCAGCACUGGCUGCAGUUUGUCGUUGCCCAACAGGACUUUUGCUCUCCCAGGAUAAGAUCACCUGCUCUCUGCCUAAAGAGUCAUCUUUCAUCCUUCUAUUGUCUCAUAAUACAGUCUAUCAGAUUUACUUGCGCUCUAUGAGUCGGGAUGGUGUUGCUUUGGGAGAAAUGCCCAAUGGAAGAUAUUUUGCCCUCCCUGGAAGUGAAGAGCCCCUGGGGCUAGAUCUUUCCAUCCCAGAGCUUUCUCUAUUUGUGGCUGAUUCAAGACGAGGAUCUGUGGACAUGCUGAGACUUAGCAGCUCUGGGUCCCAGCCAGGACUUGCACUUGCUGGGCAAAUCCUAAAGCUGAAAGAUGAUACCGUCACAGCUCUGGCAGUUGACUGGGUAACCUCCAACCUCUACUGGAGCAGCAACAAGUGGCCUGACAUCUAUGUCACGUCACGUUAUAAUGGCUACACCACCUCACUGCAGCAAGGAUCACUGAUGGGCACCACAUCCAUCGCACUGCAUCCUCCCUCAGGACGACUGUGCUACAUUGCAGCUGUAAUGGCAGGUCGGAACAGCCAGAUGGAGGUGGAUUGUGCCUGGAUGAAUGGCUGGAACAAAGCAGUAGUGUGGAGGAAGUCAAGUUUUCCUGUGUCCCUGAUUUUCUCCAAUACAGGAACUGUCAUCUACUGGGCUGAUUCUGCUGAAGGAGUAAUUGCCUCUGUUGGAGUGGAUGGAUCUGGGUAUAAACAGUUCAAAACUGGUCCCAGCCUGCUUGUUUCUCUUGCAUAUAUUGAGAACAUUUUUCUCUGGACCACUCAGGACAAAGAUGCAACCAAGCUAUGGUUCAGUGAUGGCCUCCAGCCUAAACAGCUGUGGUUUGAGACAAAGACCAAAGUAGUGGAUGUCAGGGCCUACAACGAUGACAGCCAGUCUGGAACCAAUAGCUGCUCCAAAAACAACGGAGAAUGUGGCCAGCUGUGCCUGCCCAAUCCUGAAGGUCGGACUUGUAAAUGUGGGCGGGGCUUUUAUUAUAUCAAUGCAACUUCCUGUGCCCCUCUUCCAUCUUGCCCCACUGGCGAGGAAUCCUGUUUUGAUGGCAGCCAGUGUAUCACCAGCACCAAGUUCUGUGAUGGCCGUGCUGACUGCCCAGACAAGUCGGAUGAACAGGACUGUCGAAACUCUAACUCUGCCUCUCCAAGAACCAAAGUCAGUGAUGGCCGCUCCCCUCAGUCUCCCUCUUCUCCUUAUCCAAAAAACCAGAAGAACUCUGUUCUCUCAGAUAAAAACUCUGCAUCGUGCGAUUCCAAAUACUGCUCUGGUCAUGGCACCUGCAUCACAGAAGGCCAGCUCACUCGCUGCCAGUGUGCGACAGGUUACAAGGGGGAGUUCUGCCAGGAGCAAGACAGGCAAAGUCACCCAGCUCUCAUCCUGGGCUCCUUCAGCUUAGUCGCUGGCGUGAUAGUGGCUGCUUUUAUUUUAAGUAAAAGGAAAGGUUGGGCGUACUUCAGAAGCAAAUCACCAGAUAAGGAAACUCUGAUGGGUAACAUGGUUCUGCCUGGUGAACACGACUCUGACUCUGAGGAGCUGGAGUCUUCGGUAGAUGUGAGGAGCCCCCUGCGAGCUAUAAAGUCAUUGCAGCUUAAAUAGUCUGCUAGUUUAUAAUGUUGGUUUUAUAAUGACUAGAAGUACUCUAAAUGGAAAAGAUGCUUCUUGUGUGUCUCCAGGUGUAAUAAACAAUAUGAACUAACAUAACUGACUUAAUGUUUGUUUUGCAAAGACAUAAAAACAUGUGAUUAAAAUCA